CAGCACAAAAGCCUCGCCUUCCUUCCUCGUCCCACUCCUUGUAUGUUUUUCCAUCAGCUCCCGAGGCCUAGAGUCUCGCUGCCCAUUGCCUACCAUUAGCAUUCUCCACGCAUUUGCGUACUACGCUUGAUGACUAGGUACUAGUAGCCCAGUCGCGAGAUGGUGUUUCGGCGGUUCUGCCUUCAAACCUUUGAGGUUUGGCUUACUACUCGGCUGCUGGCCAGUCCGACGUUUCACAGACUAGUCGGACGAGUCCAUCAAAAGGUCCAACAUCUGAGACAUGGGAUACCUCCCGAAGAAACUGGAGGUACCAAGAUAGACAAUCACGGAAACGGUUUAAACAAGUUUAUUGCAUACUUCAAGGAAGAGAUCAAAGACCAACUCAAAGGAAAGCCCCCGAAUAAGCUUUGAUGAUAGGCUCAAUUCGAUGAUUCCACAAGCUCCACAUACGAUUAUGACUACAAUGAUACCC